GAAUUUGCUCAUAUCCAUACGUCAUAUUCGACGUGCACUGGGAUAGACCGGCCAAGUUUAAGAAGGUCAAUCACUGGCAUUCACUCUCGAUCUCUCGAUCUGAUUCUUUCAAUCUCCUCUCUCGUAGUCACUCUCACGCUGUGUACUCCCAAGCAACAUGGUCCGCGUAGAAAUCGGCGGCAGACCUAUCAUUGAUGUUGACACUCGUCCUGGAGAUGUCGGGCGGCUCAAGCAACAAAUCCGGCGUAGGAUGCGAGGAGGCGGCCGGAGCGUGCAUCUGAGCUGGACAACGACCACGCCUCGACUUGUCCUGACAAGUGACACUGAAGACUUUGAUCCGACAAUCAUAUCUCACUUCCAGGAAGAAGGGUUUCAGCUGAGCUAUCUUCAGUAUGCGGGAGACAAGGCGGGCUAUAUGGCACAGCUGCAACACUUACAAGACCCCUUAGAGCUAGGGGAGCGCUACGCCAUCGUAGCAUACGGCGACGCCGCAAGCCUGGUCCUGGAAGCCUGUAUGAAGCCCAUGCCCAAGCUUGUUGCCGUGGUCGCAUACUAUCCGGGACGGGUCCCCAGGUCUACCACCGAUUUCCCCCCGACCCUCAACGUGUUGAUCCACCUGGCGGCCUCGCAGAGAUGGGGCACACGGUUCCCGUCGUACCGCUACGAGAACACCCAGCCAGGUUUCGCCGAACACGACCUCGACGAGUUCGACAAGAUUGGGGCCUCGUUAGCCUGGUCGCGAACACUCGGGAUCCUUCGCUUGGGCUUCGACAUUGAAGGACCGGACAUCGAAACCAUCUGGGAGGCGCACACGCGACUCGAGUUUGGGGAAAAGGACGCCGACAAGACCAUGGCGACGAUGGUGCCCCAGCCGUACGUGAACCACGUGCCCACCAUGACGGGCGGGAUCGGCCACGACCAGCUCCGCCGAUUCUACGCCGAGUUCUUCAUCCCCAACAACCCGCCCGACAUGCGGAUCAGGCUGCUGAGCCGGACCGUGGGCGUGGACCGGGUGGUCGACGAAAUGUUCGUCUCGUUCACCCACACCACCGAGAUCCCCUGGAUGCUCCCCGGCGUGCCGCCCACGAACAAGAAGGUGGAAGUCGUGCUGGUCAGCGUGGUGUGCCUUCGUGGCGGCAAGCUCUUCCACGAGCACAUCCACUGGGACCAGGCGACCGUGCUCGUGCAGGUGGGACUGCUGGAUCCGAAGUACAUCCCGAAGACGUUCAAGACUGCAGAAGAAGGGCGGGAGGAAGAGGUCGAGAGGCUGCCUGUUUGGGGAAGGGAAGCCGCGCGGAAAGUCCUGGAUGAGGACAGUUCGCAGAGCAACGAGUUGAUUCCAGAUUGGUGAUGGAUUUUUACAGUAAGCCAGUGGACGGAGAUUCAGAAACAGUCAGUGCAAAGACCCCGAUGUAGUUUCAAAGCGACGAGAAUGGGGUUCGUUCAGUCGUUGUCUCUUUGGACCUGCUGGACCUGCGAAAUGGGUAUAGUAUGUAGUAAUGACAAGAGCCAAUCUCUCCCUCGAUGGCGCCAAAAC